GAAGCCUCACCUUUGAUUGUCACCACCUAACAGAUGGUAACGGGCAGGGUGAUCCAGGGGGGCCCCGCCGUGGUAAACCCCGCCUUGGCCAUACAUAUGGUGGCGGCCAAUUGCCUCAUUCCCGUGGGGGUGAUCCUCUACACAUGGUUAGGGGGCUUAAAGGCCACUUUUCUCGCCUCGUACGUCUACGCCGUGCCGGGCGACAUCGAGUGCACGUCCGCAACGGAGAAGCAGUGCAACGCGCUCGGCUCGGCGGCGCUGCUGUGGGAGCGGCUCCGCUUCCUCAACUACCUCCCUGCCAAGACCGCGGGGAUGACGUUCCCAGAUGGCGCCUACGUGCCGACCGCGGACGAUCCGGGACCGGGCAACUUUGAGAAACUCACGUACACCGAGAAGGACUACCACCACGGCCCCGUCAACGGCAACCGCGGCGGCUCGUACCUCACCAUGCUCUCCGAGGACGGCCUCAGCUUCGGCGUCGUCAACAUCGUCGGCAACUUCGGCACCGUCUUCGUCGACCAGUCCUACUGGCAGUCCGCCAUCGCCGCGCGCCCCUCGUCUGCGCACCGUGGCUACCUGCUCGGAGGCCUCGUCUGGUUCACCAUCCCCAUGUCGCUCGCCACCGCGCUCGGCCUCUCGUCGCUCGCGCUCAACGUCAAGAUGCCCGCCGACGAGGCCGCCGACGGCCUCGCGCCGCCCGCCGCCGCCAUCGUCCUGCUCGGCCAGGGCGGCGGCAUCAUGAUCAUCAUCAUGCUCUUCAUGGCCAUCACCUCGACCGGCUCCGCCGAGUGCAUCGCCGUCGCCUCCCUCUUCGCGUACGACAUCUACCGCAAGUACAUCAACCCCGAGUGCACCGGCGCCCAGCUGCUCAAGGUGUCGCGCCUUGUCGUCGUCGGCUACGGCAUCGUCUGCGGCCUCUUCGGCUACUUCCUCUACGGCGUGGGCGUCGGCCUCGGCUGGGUCUACAACUUUAUGGGCACCAUGAUCGGCUCCGCCGUCAUCCCCGUCUCGUGCUGCCUCUGCACGCGCUACAUGACCAAGAACGGCGCCAUCGCGGGCGCGUGGGGCGGCAUGAUCCUCGCCCUCGUCUCGUGGAUGUCGGUCGCCGCCUCGCGCUGCACCAACGGCGACGACCCCGACGACCUCGCAGAGGGAGUGGACUGCGAUACGGGCAAGCUCAACGUCGACACCCUCGGCAACAUCAACGCGCAGACCGCCGGCUCCGUCGUCGCGCUCUGCGUCUCGGGCAUCAUCGCCUUCCUCGUCGCGAGCAUCGAGUACAAGAUGGGCACGGAGCAGCCCUUCGAGUGGGAGAAAAUGCGCGAGGGCAUCAAGCGCGUCGAGCAGGAGGCGGACGACGUCCCCGAGUACGAGAUGACCUCCGAGUACCUCGACCCGGCCGCAAAGUACGUCUUCAAGUAUGGCGUCGGCUACUCGGUCUUCCUCAUCUUCGUCUGGCCGCUCGCCGUCAUCGCGUGGGGCGUCUUCGACAAGGCCAACUACACGCUCUGGGCCUCGGUCGCCUUCUGCUGGGGCUACAUCGCCUCGGGCUUCAUUGUCGUGCUUCCCAUCUACGAGUCGUGGGGCUCGAUCUCCAACGUGCUGACGUGCAAGAAGGCCACGCCGGCGACGAAGGAGCAGGCUUGAGCCGCGCCCGGCGGCUCGAGAGCCUCCCCCCACUUCCCCCUACCCUCCGUUCCCCCGCGCCCGACGACCCCGGCGAGAAUGGCGGCGCGAGGGCAAGCGCGCGCACCCACAAGCCGCCUCCUCGAGGGCUCGAGUAGAGGCGGCACGUGGGUGUGCGAGGCGCGCUGGCCUCUGGCCGGAGUGACAGGAGAGCGCGGGGCGUGCACAUGCCAUGAGGGGGAGGGAGGCGCGGAGGCUCGUGUGUACACUUGUGGACUGAGUAGUUGCUCGGGGCUUGCCUGUCGCGGGAAGCCGGGGUCAAGGGCGUGGCGCACCCGCACCGGGACUGGACUGUCACGUGUCAGUGCGGAGGUGGGGGUGUCCGCUGUCUGGCGUCUGCGCGUCGCAGGCGCAACCUCUGAGCGGGGGAAAUAUAUUAGUCGCGACCGAAAUAAAAAGCGACCC